ACCAUGUGUAGUUCAUGUCACUACACUACUUUUGGCCGGGCUUUUUAGGUGGCCGUGUUCAGGUUGAUCAUCUCUUAGUUGUCUCCUAGCAGCCCACGACAGAGGAGAUAUCCAACAAGCAAUGCGAUGGCUUCUCCUUCGUUGAGCCUGCAAGGUCGUUUGUUUGCAUCAACCUGCGAAGGGGACCAUCUCGGAUUCGACAUGGAGUCUCUCUGCUUUCAGAGCAGCCUCGUCGAUCUCAUCAACCUCCUCCUCCUCGCCAUCUACAUCCUGAGCUUGGUGGUCGGUGCUUGCGCGAGGAGAUUCAGGGCUCGCGCAAGGGAUCUCCCGUUGCUGUGCUAUGUUACUUCUCCCUGCUGCGCUGUUCUUGGCGUUGCCUACGCCUGCUCCGGCGCAUGGGGCCCCUCGUCGUCGUCUCCCAGGGCAGGGCUGUUCGUCAGAGGGGUGGUUUGGAUCGUUGUCUCGGCUUCUUUGUUCGUCCGCCCGACCAGGUUCUCCCGAGCUGUGGCCAUGGCGUGGUGGGCGGCCCUCGCGGCUAUGGUCACCGCGUACAGCGUCGAGAAAAUCGUGAGGCGGAGCCCGAUGGAGCUGCUUGACAUCGCGUCGUGGGUUGCCAGCUCCAUGCUUCUCCUCUGCACGAUCAGCGUCUGCAGAGUUGGCGGCGGCGGCGGCGGCGAGGAGGAGACCCAGCCGUUGCUGACGGCGGGAGGCGGGGAGCGGAGGAAGGUGGCGUUCGGGGAGGCCGGGUUCUUGAGCCGCCUCACGUUCACGUGGAUGGACUCGUUGCUGCGGCUCGGGUACUCGAAACCUCUCGACCUCAGCGACAUCCCGCCGCUGGACGCCGACGACGCCGCGGAGGCGGCGCAACGGACGUUCCUGCAGGAGUGGCGGAGGCGGAGGCAGACGGAAGCCGCGAGGACGACGAGCAACCAGGUGUUCUGGGUGCUCGCCGAGUGCUACAAGAAGGAGCUCCUGCUGACGGCGCUGUACACGCUCCUCCGGACGCUGUCCUUCUCCGCGUCGCCGGUGAUCCUCUACUGCUUCGUGUCCUACUCCUACCAGCGGGAGCGGGAGCGGGACCGGAGGAUCGCCACCGGGAUCGCGCUGAUCCUCGGCCUGGUCGUGAUGAAGGUCGUGGAAUCGCUGUCGCAGAGGCACUGGUUCUUCGGAUCCCGGCGGCUCGGCAUGCGCAUGCGCUCGGCGCUCAUGGCCGCAGUCUUCGACAAGCAGCUGCGGCUGUCCAGCGAGGGGAGGCGGCGGCACGGCGCCGGCGAGGUCGCCAACUACAUCGCCGUCGACGCGUACCGGCUCGGCGAGUUCCUCUUCUGGCUGCACUGCGCGUGGUGCAUGCCGCUGCAGCUCGCCCUCGCCAUCGCGAUGCUCUUCUGGACCGUGGGCGCCGGCGCGCUCCCGGGCCUGGCCCCCGUCGCCGCCUGCGGCGUGCUCAACGUCCCCCUCGCCAGGAUGCUUCAGCGCUACCAGGCGAGGUUCAUGCAGGCGCAGGACGAGCGGCAGCGCGCCACGGCGGAGGUGCUCGGCGCCAUGAAGGUCGUCAAGCUGCAGUCGUGGGAGGGCAGGUUCAGGGAGGCGGUGCAGCGCCUGCGCGACGUCGAGGUGCGGUGGCUCGCAGAGACGCAGAUCAAGAAGGCCUACGGCAGCGCCCUGUUCUGGAUGUCGCCGACGGUCAUCUCCGCCGUGAUCUUCGCGGGGACGGCCGCGCUCCGGAGCGCGCCCCUGGACGCCGGCGUUGUGUUCACCAUCCUCGCCACGCUGCGCGUCAUCUCGGAGCCGAUGAGGGUGCUGCCGGAGGUGAUGUCCAUCAUGAUCCAAGUCAAGGUCUCACUGGACCGCAUCGGCGAGUUCCUAACCGAGGACGAGUUCCAAGACGACGCGGUGGACAGGACGGGCAUGCCACCCUCGAACAUGAGCCUGACCGUGCAGAGUGGUGUCUUCAGCUGGGAACCUGGCAAGGCCAUUAUUGCAACUCUGAAAGGCAUCAAUGUCACUGCGAUGCGAGGUGAGAAGAUCGCGGUGUGUGGGCCUGUUGGUGCUGGGAAAUCGUCGUUGCUGUGCUCAAUGCUUGGCGAGAUACCAAGAAUAUCCGGAUCAGUAUCAGUUUCUGGCUCAGUCGCCUAUGUUUCACAGACGUCCUGGAUCCAAAGCGGCACGGUACGUGAUAAUGUUCUCUUCGGUAAGCCGAUGAACAAUGAGGAGUACGAUAAGGCCAUCAGGUGCUGUGCAUUGGACAAGGACAUCGAGAAUUUCCCGCAUGGGGACCUGACUGAGAUUGGGCAGAGAGGCCUGAACAUGAGUGGAGGACAGAAGCAAAGGAUUCAGCUUGCCAGAGCGGUCUACAACAACGCAGACAUCUACCUUCUCGACGAUCCUUUCAGCGCAGUCGAUGCACAUACAGCUGCUACCCUAUUCAAUGAUUGUGUGAUGGCAGCACUUGAGAACAAGACAGUCAUUCUUGUGACGCAUCAAGUAGAGUUCCUUUCCAAGGUUGACAAGAUUAUGGUCAUGGAAAAUGGGGAAAUAACUCAGGAAGGCACCUAUCAGGAGCUUCUGCAGUCUGGUACAGCAUUUGAACAGCUUGUCAAUGCUCACAAGAACUCAAAAACACCAUUAGAUUCCCAGGAGCAUGGCAAAGAGGCAAAAAAACCAGGCACCUUUCAGUACCAGAUACCAAUGAUACCGCAGAACAGUGAGGCAGAGAUAUCCACCGGUAACCUACUGUCCGUCCAGCUGACAGAAGAGGAGAAGAGAGAACGAGGAGAAGCUGGACUGAAACCAUACAAAGAUUAUGUUUCAGUGUCCAAGGGCUGGUUUCUCCUUGUCCUGAUAAUACUUGCGCAGUGUGCGUUCGUCGUCCUGCAAUGCUUGGCAACUUAUUGGCUUGCAAUUGCAGUUCAAAACCACCAGUUCAGUGUGGUAGUUGUUGUUGGAGUCUAUGCAGUGAUGGCAACUACAAGCUGCCUUUUUGCCUAUAUUAGGAGUCUCCUUGCUGCUCACUUUGGCCUGAAAGCAUCAAGGAAGUUCUUUUCAGGACUCAUGGACUCAGUGUUCAAGGCCCCAAUGUUGUUCUUCGAUUCCACUCCAGUUGGACGUAUAAUGACCCGGGCUUCAUCAGAUUUGAGCAUAUUAGACUUCGACGUACCCUAUACGAUGACCUUCGUGAUAUCUGGCACGAUUGAAGUGGUAGCAACCAUAGUUAUCAUGAUCAUGGUUACAUGGCAGGUGGUACUAGUAGUUGUUCCUGUCGUGAUUGUGCUGCUAUACAUUCAGAGGUACUACAUUGCAUCAGCGAGGGAGCUGGUAAGGAUCAAUGGAACUACAAAGGCGCCUGUCAUGAACUUUGCAGCAGAAUCAAUGUUGGGGGUGGUCACCAUAAGAGCAUUUGCAGCAACAAGGAGGUUUAUUCAGACAAAUCUUAGGCUCAUUGACACAGAUGCUACACUGUUCUUCUACACCAAUGCCGCAUUGGAGUGGGUGCUUCUGCGUGUCGAAGCACUGCAAAUCUUGGUCGUCGUCACAUCAUCAAUCCUUCUUGUAUCACUUCCAGAGGGAGCAGUUGCUCCAGGAUUCCUUGGCCUAUGCCUCUCGUACGCAUUGACGCUUUCUUCGGCCCAAGUGUUCUUAACAAGAUUCUACUCAUAUCUGGAAAAUUACAUAGUAUCUGUGGAGAGAAUCAAGCAGUUCAUGCAUCUCCCAGCAGAACCUCCAGCUGUCAUCAGUGACAGUAGGCCUCCUCCUUCAUGGCCAUCUGAAGGAAGAAUAGAUUUACAAAAUUUAAGAGUCAAGUACAGGCCAAAUGCGCCUACGGUCCUGCGAGGUAUCACCUGCACAUUCGAAGCAGGGAGCAAGAUAGGAGUUGUUGGCAGAACCGGGAGUGGGAAGACAACUCUAUUAAGUGCAUUGUUCCGCCUUGUCGACCCAUGCGGUGGGCGAAUACUCAUUGAUGAUCUUGACAUUUGCACCAUUGGAUUGAAGGACCUGAGGUUGAAGCUCAGCAUCAUUCCUCAGGAGCCAACCCUUUUCAGAGGCAGUGUAAGGAGCAAUGUUGAUCCUCUAGGUCUUCAUGCCGAUGAGGAUAUCUGGGAGGCUUUAGACAGGUGCCAGUUAAAGAAAACAAUCAGUGCACUUCCUGGACUCCUUGAAUCACCAGUGAGCGAUGACGGCGAAAACUGGAGCGCUGGUCAACGGCAGCUCUUCUGCCUUGCACGUGUUCUCCUCCGAAGGAACAAGAUACUGGUCCUUGAUGAGGCGACAGCGUCCAUCGACUCAGCCACAGACGCCAUUCUGCAGAGGGUCAUCAAGCAGGAGUUUUCAGGGUGCACAGUGAUCACCAUAGCGCACAGGGUUCCUACUGUCACAGACAGUGAUAUGGUCAUGGUUCUUUCCUAUGGCAAAAUGAUAGAGUAUGACAGGCCUUCAAGUCUGAUGGAUAACAAGGAAUCUACUUUUUGUAAGCUCGUCGAAGGGUAUUGGUCCAACUGUAACUGAAGUUGCCACUUGCCAGUAAACCAGACAAAUUAUCAGAUAAAUAAAUUGCCACUAUAUGACAUGAAUAGAAGGUUAUUCCUGUCGGCUAUACAUUGUCCAUCACUUCAAUCAAUAAAAUGGAAAUUGGCAAAACUGUUUAGAGGGCCAUCAUCUGGAUAGAGAUGAAAUAAUGAUCUGCAUUGUGUGUAGGUAGUAAAUCGAAAUAAGGGUGUACAUGCAGGUCCUUCCCCACCCAGACAUAGUUAGUGCAGAGGUCUAACAUAUGACAAUUUUGUCUGUAUGAAAGAAGAACCAUCUGAAACGAUUCUUUUCUUAUUGUUUCUGUCAAA